AAAAACUAGUUAGUUGUGUUGGAGUCUUCGAGGCUGCCAGAUGUGUGUCAGGAAGGGAGUCUGUGUGGUACCCGUGUGUGGGCGGAACACUUCACGGUGAACCUUUUACAUCUCCGAAGCAAAGUGUUAAAUUGGCCGAUAUGCUAUUUAUCAAUGUCACAUGUUUUCAAAGCGACAGAAAUUGCACGCUGAGAAAUCUGUAGCUGCUUCAAGUCAGUAUGUAAGAAACUUGAUACAGCAACGCAGACGUAAAAGAGUGACCGAGAUGUUACACUGUACCAAAUUUCAAUACAGUAACCACGUAAACAAGUGAACAACUGUUUCGAUGAACGCGUGUCUGUGGGGGUAGGUCAUCUUUUAGUUUUUCAUUUUUCGAGGAUUAAAUUAUUGUACUUUUGGUUCCGUCUAUUGUAAUUUAAUUAUUAUAUAUUCUAAAAUAAAACAUUUCGUUGUCGGGUGUGAGUGUUUUAGAUUCUUCUAGAUACCUGAAUCUAUUUAAGGCUGCCUGAGAGCUCGGUUCCAAGAAAACCAAUAAAAUAGAAUUUAAGAGCCACACUCGACAUUUCUCAGACCCAUCGUAAUCGCUUGUGGUUUGCCAAACAGAAAUAAUAAAAGCAAACAGAGGGCCGUGUGAUUCAUAGAAGUUACUCAGAUUUGACUGUGCAAAAUAACUUCAACAAAGAAUAUAAUUACGUUCUGCUUAUAUUUAUAAUUAUGACAUAAAACUUCUCAAAACACGGGAUUCUUUUUAGUGUUUUUGAAUACCUGAAUUAGUUGACGUCUUUUGUUCUCCGUGUUCUUUGUCAUUCUGUUUCGUACAUCGACACCGAUUCGCUGUAUCUUUUCCACGAGAUGUUUCAAAGUGGUCGUACCUAGUGCGUGGCCCGAAAGUAGGGCGCCGUGGUAUGAGUGAGGAUCUGGCUGUGUCAUGAGACAUGAUACCAAAUAUUACGAAGACGACGGCAGCAAACGAGCUGCUUGGUUUCUGGUACACCCCUCGUCCGUGGUUCAUAAUACUCCUUCUGGUGGUCAUCAACCCAGUACUCAGCGGGUAUUCUUGGGGUUAUCCGAGCCGAGACUGGAGACACCCGGAUGACGACAAAGGGGUACCAGAAUUCGAAGUAACGACGCCCAGCAUCACGGCCCUGGUCGGACAACCAGUGUACCUUCCUUGCAGGGUGAGAAAUCUAGGGGACAGAGUGGUGUCGUGGAUACGAUCACGUGACCUGCACAUCCUGACGUCAGGCACUCUGACCUACACAUCGGAUUCUAGGUUUGAAGUGCUACACGUCCCGGGAUCAGAAGUAUGGACCCUGCGCAUCAUGAGUGCGCAGCCUCGUGAUCAAGGUCGUUACGAAUGUCAGGUGAACACCGAUCCAAAAAUCAACUUCGCAGUCCGACUCACCGUCAAAGAGACGGAUAUGAGGGAUUCCCCGUGGGAGGUGUCACCCACAGACUCUGGCUCAGAACAUGUGACAGCAGCAGCAAGCAUUAUGGGACCGCGGGAGCAGUAUGUCCACCAGGGGAGUACGGUCACCUUUACGUGCGUGGUAUCUGCACCCUAUUCUCUGGGUACUAGACCUCCACGCGUCGUAGACUGGUUCCACUCUGGCCGCCUCGUCUCAAUACAGGCAGACAGAGGAGGAAUCAGCAUUGAUACGGAAAAGACGGACUUCCAGACAACGAGCAAGCUGACGGUGGCAGGAGUAUUGCACGUGGACGCCGGAAACUACACGUGCAUACCAUCAGAUACGCGACCGGCGACCGUGGCCCUCAUCGUACUAGAAGGCGAGCAUACAGAGGCGAUGCAGAGAGACGCGGUUCACUCCCAGGCUUCUUGCAUCUCAAGGCUUCAACACGAGAUACUACUUUUCCUUUUCCUUAAUGCUAUGCAACUUGCAGCCACCAGAUGAAGAAAGUUUUGAAGUAACUUUACGAAAGACAUGACUUUCCUAUACGGGUUAAUUUCAUUUCACAUUUCGAUAAAAUAUUUAUAAUCACAGUAAAAUCUAUUCCAUAAAGCACUGAAACUGUUGUUAUGAAAUAUAAUUUUUUUAACUUAUUUUUCCGUUAAGUCAUGUUCUCUGUAUGGAUAAGAUCGAACAUUUUAAUAUUAUCCAAAAGCGGCAGAAACGAGUUACCGUAUUAGUACACCUAUUAAAUAUAUAAAAUCCUGGACAUGUAAGAUUUCCCUGACGUAAUACUUUCAUCCGAUAUCUAAAGCAAGGAAUAAAAGCCAACUACGAAAAUAAAAUAUCUUGCUUUAACAUUAAUUCUUUUCUAGAGCUCUCUCAAUGUGUGCUGAAACAUAGAAUAUGUAAAUGUUUUAAACGAAGCUUAUAAUUUAACACAGAUCUGACAAAUAUAUUCUCAUGUCUGUCAUAUUCCUUUUUCUGUGUAUGAAGUGAAUGCUCGCCUUCAUAACAUAGUGUUCAAGUGUUUUGUGUUAUUGAAUCGUGUAUUCAUGCGUCUGUAAACAAGUGUCCUGAAGGAACAGGGCUCAACUAUGACGACGCAGAUAUCAAAUCUUUCCGAGACGUCAGUAAAAAUCCACAAGACUACGGGAGUGCAAUCGUCUAAUCGUGUAACUAAAAAUUUAAUUAUAAACUUGUGUUCGAAUUUGUUGAAUUGCAAAUAUUUAUCGGGGAUUUUAAAAAUACAUAAGUUGAAGUACUGUACAUAUGUUCAACGCCGUUCCCAGGAUGACCUAUUAAGUUAUAAUAGGAUGAAACCUUGGGGAAACCUGUCUAAGAAUUAGUUUUCGUCUCAAUGGGGCUUGGUCUAUAAAUAUUAAGGAGAAAAUUUACUAGCCUCAAACUAAUAACACUCAAGUCACUUUUGUUUUAACAAUUAUUUCCAUUCCUCGACGUUAGCAGAAUAAAUAUUUACGCAAAAUAAAAUA